AUGGAUAUUGUAUCUUCAUUGCUAGUAGUUGUGCGGCAAUGGUUAGGAGACCAACAAAUCAAAGGUCGUUCUACUUUACACUUCUUUACAAUCUCAGUUCCAGUAAUUAUAUCUCUUUUCUUCUUGUGUAAGAUCCAUAGAGUUUGGUCCUCAUCAAAAAAGUCGGAUAUUUGUAAUCUACCACCUUCUCCUCCUAGGAUUCCUAUUAUAGGAAACCUUCACCUACUCGGAAAAUUAGCACAUCAAUCCUUCCGAGAUCUUUCUCAAAAGUAUGGCCCAUUGAUGUUAUUACACUUGGGUCAGUCGCCGACUCUUGUAGUUUCAUCCGUUGAAAUGGCUUCUGAGAUAAUGAAAAACCAAGAUAUUGUCUUUGCAAAUAGACCUUAUACUAUUGCUGCUAACGCGCUACUUUAUGGAUGUACUGAUAUCGCGUUUGCGCCUUAUGGUGAAUACUGGAGGCAAGUGAAGAAAAUUAGUGUUCUUCAGCUAUUGAGUGUAAAGAGGGUUCAAUCAUUUAAGUAUGUCAGAGAAGAAGAAGUCGAUGUUAUGAUCCAGAAACUAGCUAGUUCAUGCUCAUCAAGGAAACACGGUGAACAAGUAAUAAAUCUGAGUGAGGCACUGCAGACACUCACAAACAACAUAAUUUCUAGAUGUGUGCUUGGUGCUAAGUAUGAAGGUGCUCAUGGGAACAGAUUUGGCCAACUGUCUAAAGAGAUCAUGGAGUUGCUCGGAGCUUUUAGCAUUGGUGAUUACUUUCCAUCUCUUGGUUGGAUAGAUGUUGUUUCUGGAUUAUCUAAUAAGUUUAAAAAGGCUUUCCAUGAACUUGAUAUCUUCUUAGAUCAAGUUCUCACUGAGCAUCUUCUUCGGCAUUCCAAAUCACAAGAUGAUGAUGGCCAAGCAGACGAUAGCGAGAAACUGGACUUGACAGAUGUUCUCCUCCUUUCUCAGAAGGAUAACACAAUGGUCUCUCGCAAUAAUAUCAAGGCCAUAAUCAUGGAUAUGUUUGUCAGUGGAAGUAAUACAUCUGCAACAGCAAUGGAAUGGGCAAUGGCAGAGCUCAUAAAGAACCCCCAAAUGAUGGAAAAAGCUCAAGAUGAGGUUAGAAGAGUGGUGGGAAACAAAUCCAAGGUCGCAGAAGAGGACAUUAAUCAAAUGGACUAUUUGAAAUGUAUCGUCAAAGAGAUUCUACGACUACAUCCGCCUAUACCUACUUUAGUUCCAAGAGAGUCUCCUAAGAGUACAACCAAGUUAGCAGGUUAUGAUAUUCCUCCAAAUACAACAGUUUACAUCAAUGCAUGGGCAAUCCAUAGAGAUUCAAAAGUUUGGGAGAACCCCGAAGAGUUUCGUCCCGAGAGAUUUAAUAACAACCCCAUUAGUUUCAAGGGACAAGAUUUUCAGUUAAUUCCAUUUGGGUCAGGACGAAGAGGGUGUCCUGGACUAUCGUUUGGUAUCGCAAUUAUCGAGUUCACUCUUGCCAAUCUCUUGUACUGCUUCAAUUGGGAAGUUCCUGCUGGUGAAAACAGAGAGCUGCUUGACAUGACUGAAGCUUCUGGUUUUACUGUUAAUAGGAAAAUCCCUCUUCGUGUUGUUCCCACAAUAAAAAGGCCAUAG